CAGCCCUUAGUUGCGCAAAAACUGCUGUCAUGUGAUAGGCUGCGUUUGUAGUAGGAGCUGACAGAAGCGGUCAGCGAGAAAGUGGACCGAGACUGUUUCUCUUAUUAUAUAGUUUCCCGGGUGGAGAAGUUGGAAAUUGGGUUCGCGUGCUUGGCAGACAUCCGGACGCCAUGGGUUGCUGUUACAGCAGCGAAAACGAUACCACCGAGCAGGUAGCUAACGCAAAGCGAGUUAGUUAUCUAGGGUGCAAACAACUCUUUGACAGUCAAAGUAUUUUCUUUCUUUGGGGUCAUCAGGACAUUGCGAGACAGUUUGUUAUAUAGAAUUCCACUAGCCAAAAAUAUGGUGCUUCAUUGCGCGUUAAAAGGAAGCUAUUUUUAAGUUAGCCAACUACGACCCAGCAGAUAGUUAGCUAGCCAGACCUUUCAGAGAUAACUGUUAGCUGUGUAAGAAAGAGUGGGCCUAGGGAAUGUAAUUAUCUGAUUGGCCAACACACCUAAAGUUUCAAAAUAGUGACAACCUUUGCUGACAAUUAUAAGCAGUAUCUAGUUUGCUAACUAACUUAAUUAGUUCAUCUGUAUACGUCAGUAGGUAGCUACUUGCAGGGCAGACUAAAAGUUUAAAUUCUCACCAGAUGAUGAUGAUGAUGAUGAUGAUGAUGAUCAAUCAGUUUCGGUAAAACGCGGCCACUUCUGUAAAUAGGGCCUCAAAGGUUCACAUUCGGUUACGCCGUUGGAACGUGUUGAACUUGCCAGCCAAUCAACUUCUCCCAGAUGCAUGUCAUAUGAUCUCAGAUUUCCCAUCCAGUUGUGACAAGCCAAAAUUGAAUUUGGUGAAGGGAAAUUACGUUUUAUUUUCCCUUUUGGAAAAUGUGAGGCAGCGAUUGCUUAUUACUGUUUAUCAGACGACUGUUAUACACAAAUAGCCUGCCACUCCUUAGCUAUACUGUUGAAAUAUACACACCAGUAUCAUAUCGGGUUAGGUAACUAUUUUUUGGGGGUUCAUUCUUCUCUGCCUGUCACAGCAGCAGAUCCCUAUUGACUUAAAGUGAUCAGGGGAUGAGUAGUAAUAGUAUAGGGGUUGUAGGGUGCCCUUUUGUUUUAGACUUUAGUUCAGAGGUCAUAUCAUACUCAUUUUAAGAAUAAGCAAGGUCAGAAUCUGGUUACCUUAACAGCCUGUGAUUGAGGAUGUUGUGAUAGUUUGUGAGCGUGAUGUGUAUGUUGUGGCUCAGGACCCUGAGGCAAGUAAGCCGCUGAUCCCCCACCCGAACCCCGACAGCAAGCCCCUCAACGGCACAGAAUGGAGGUCUGCCAGCGUACCCUCAGCCCGCACAGACGAACAGGCCCUACUCACAUCUAUCCUUUUCAAGACAGCCCUGUAAGACACACAAACAUUCUUUCUCCUCCCUCAUCAUGGAUUUAUCCAUUUGGGAUUUAAAUUCUGCUGACUACCUGUGUCUCUAUUUCUUAGGAACAUCAUCGAUGUCUCGGCUGCAGACUCUCAAGGCAUGGAGCAGCAUGAGUACAUGGACAAAGCUCGGCAAUACAGGUGGGUGUGUGGAGGUAGUUGCUUAAUGUGUCUUGUGUUUUGGAGUGGGUUUUGACUGGCCUUGUUCAUGUGUUUCAGUACUAACCUGUCUUUAUUGUGUGUUUCAGUACAAAACUGGCCUUGUUGAGUAACAGUCUGUCUCAGAAGAAGCCUCUCCCUUCCCUCACCAGCCAGCCACACCAAGUGCUUGCUAGCGAUCUGGUGCCAUACUCUGAUGUACAACAGGUGAACGCACGCACGCAUGCACGCACACUAGGGGUGUAACGGUUCACCAAACCCACGGUUCGGUACGUAUUGCGGUUUUGGGGUCACUGUUCGGUUUCGGUACAGCAGGAAAAUGAAAUGCCAACAGUUACUCUAGUUAAUUUUUGUUUAUUUAAGAAAAUACAAAGUGUUGGUAUUCCUGAUUCCAUAUGAUCAUGAGUCGUAUAAUGCCUGAUGAGCACAAUCAGGAAUAACAACACUUUGUAUUUUCUUAAAUGAAAACUCCCGAUUACGCAACAACAACACUAAAAUAAAGUGCAAUAUGCGUGUUGAAUCAAUAUGUAGACAUGGCUCAGACAUUGUAUAGACCUAUGCUAUAAUGUUUUCUUACAAAGAGAAAAAGAUGCAUACUUGUGCGACUCUCAUAAAGAGAGCUACUUAACAGUACUUGAUUUCCCACUCCGGGGUAAUGUGAUGGGCUGUCACUGCUAAGUAGCUCUCUGUAGCCCUGGAGGUCCAUCCAUCUGUAGGACGCACAACACAAGGUGCCUCUGAUGAGCCAUCAAUACAAGACUUAGAUCGAAUCCUACUACACUGGCUCUGACACUCGUCGGAUGUGGCAGGGCUUGCAAACGAUCAAAGAGAAACCCAGCCACGAGCUGCUGCCCAGUGACGCGACCCUACCAGACGAGCUACAUACCUUCUAUGCUCACUUCGAGGCAAGCAACACUGAACCAUGCAUGCGAGCACCAGCUGUUCCGGACGACUGUGUGAUCUUGCUCUCCGUAGCCGAUGUGAGCAAGACCUUUUAAACAGGUCAACAUUCACAAGGCUGCGGGGCCAGACGGAUUACCAGGACGCGUACUCUGAGCAUGUGCUGACCAGCUGACAAGUGUCUUCACUAACAUUUUCAACCUCUCCCAGACCCAGUCUGUAAUACCUAUAUGUAUCAAGCAGACCACCAUAGUCCCUGUGCCCAAGAACGCCAAGGUAACCUGUCUAAAUGACUAUCGCCCCGUAGCACUCUCUUCUGUAACCAUGAAAUGCUUUUAAAGGCUGGUCAUGGCUCACAUCAACACCAUCAACCCAGACACCCUGGACCCACUCCAAUUCGCAUACCGCCCCCAACAGAUCCACAGAUGACGCUAUCUCUAUUGCACUCCACACUGCCCUCUCCCACCUGGAUAAGAGGAACACCUAUGUGAGAAUGUUGUACAUUGACUACAGCUCAGCGUUCAACACCAUUGUGACGCUGAGCUCAUCACUAAGCUCAGUACCCUAGGACUAAACACCCCCCUCUGCAACUGGAUCCUGGAAUUCCUGACGGGCCGCCCCCAUGUGGUGAGGGUAGGCUGUUUCACGUUAAAGUCUACACCUGUUGUAUUCGGCGCAUGUGACAAAUAACAUUUGAUUGGCCAAUUUAUUGACAACUUCGGCUUUAGCUUGCUGAUGUAGAGUGGUUACUACCUGUUUGCUGAAAUGGGUGCAAGAGGGCGAAGUUCGUAACGUGGCUCGAGCACUUUGACGAGGUGCUGAAACCCCUUAUUCUUCUCCACCACAGAGAAUGGGUGCAUAUCCACGGCUAUAAACAUACCUACCGCUCUUGUAAUUUAUUUGGCUCGGUCAGAAUCAGCUGCAAAGGGCUGCUUGAAUGCUGAGGGGAGAUGAAGUUGGGUAUUUUUUUGCGUUGCGGUCUUGCGCCGGUGGUAGGAAUACUGGGGUGAUGUCGGUGUAAAUGUGUCAACAUGUUUGAGGUGUUGGGAGCUGCAUAGGCUGUUCUCGUUGAGCAGUGGCAACAUACUCUCUCUGUCCAUCACCGUUGUAAUCUACUGGGAAACCAAAAUGUUCCCAAACUGGAUAUAUAUACGAUGAUGGAGAAUCCUCCGGGUUUAUGGACCCCCCACUCGCCAUCGUACAGAACUAGUUCCUGGCUGUGCCUCACAAAAGGACAGUUAAGAUUUGAAUUUUGAUUACAACAUGCACAUAGGCUCUAGUUGUUUUAACGGAUUAGCCUGAAAUGUUAUUUUCAGCUCCGAUUUACUCGAGGCAUACAACGCAGCGUAGGCAUAGCUAAUAUGCCUAGUUUUAUUUAUUUCUUUUUAUGUUAUGUAUUCAUUUGGAUUCACAGUGUGGACCGAACUGAGGUCCCAGACCGGUUCGGUACGAAUAUGUGUACCGUUACACCCCUAACACACACACACAGUGCCAUUCUCAGACGUACACUACCAGUCAAAAGUUUGGACACACCUACUCAUUAAAGGGUUUUUCUUUAUUUUUACUAUUUUUUACAUUGUAGAAUAAUAGUGAAGACAUCAAAACUUUUAAAUAACACAUAUGGAAUCAUGUAGUAACCAAAAAAGUGUUAAACAAAUCAACAGAUAUUUUAUAUUUGAGAUACUUCAAAGUAGCCACCCUUUGCCUUGAUGACAGCUUUGCACACUCUUGGCAUUCUCUCAACCAGCUUUAUGAGGUAGUCACCUGGAAUGCAUUUCAAUUAACAGGUGUGCCUUCUUAAAAGUUAAUUUGUGGAAUUUCUUUCCUUCUUAAUGCGUUUGAGCCAAUCAGUUGUGUUGUGACAAGGUAGGGGGGGGGGUAUACAGAAGAUAGCCCUAUUUGGUAAAAGACCAAGUCCAUAUUAUGGCAAGAACAGCUCAAAUAAGCAAAGAGAAAUGACAGUCCAUCAUUACUUUAAGACAUGAAGGUCAGUCAAUACGGAACAUUUCAAGAACUUCGAAAGUUUCUUCAAGUGCAGUCGCAAAAACCAUCAAGCGCUAUGAUUAAACUGGCUCUCAUGAGGACCGCCACAGGAAUGGAAGACCCAGAGUUACCUCUGCUGCAGAGGAUAAGUUCAUUAGAGUUACCAGCCUCAGAAAUUGCAGCCCAAACAAAUGCUGCACAGAGUUCAAGUAACAGACACAUCUCAACAUCAACUGUUUGGAGGAGACCGUGUGAAUCAGGCCUUCAUGAUCGAACUGCUGCAAAGAAACCACUACUAAAGGACACCAAUAAUAAGAAGAGACUUGCUUGGGCCAAGAAACACGAGCAAUGGACAUUAGACCGGUGGAAAUAUGUCCAUUGGUUUAGAGUCCAAAUUUGAGAUUUUUGGUUCCAACCGCCGUGUCUUUGUGAGACGCGGUGUGGGUGAACAGAUGAUCUCUGCAUGUGUAUUUUCCACCGUAAAGCAUGGAGGAGGAGGUGUUAUGGUGUGGGGGUGCUUUGCUGGUGACACUGUCUGUGAUUUUAUUUAGAAUUCAAGGCACACUUAACCAGCAUGGCUACCACAGCAUUCUGCAGCGAUACGCCAUCACAUCUGGUUUGGGCUUAGUGGGACUAUCAUUUGUUUUUCAACAGGACAAUGACCCAACACACCUCCAGGCUUUGUAAGGGCUAAUUCACCAAGGAGGAGAGUGAUGGAGUGCUGCAUCAGAUGACCUGGCCUCCAGAAUCCCUCCACCUCAACCCAAUUGAGAUGAUUUGGGAUGAGUCGGACCGGAGCGUGAAGGAAAAGCAGCCAACAAGUGUUCAGCAUAUGUGGGAACUCCUUUAAAACUGUUGGAAAAGCAUUCCAGGUGAAGCUAGUUGAGAGAAUGCCAAGAGUGUGCAAAGCUGUCAUCAAGACAAAGGGUGGCUAUUUGAAGAUUCUCAAAUAUAAAUUUAUUUUGGGUUACUACUUGAUUCCAUAUGCGUUAUUUCAUAGUUUUUAUGUAUUUCUACAAUGUACAAAAUAGUAAAAAUAAAGAAAAACCCUUGAAUGAGUAGGUGUGUCCAAACUUUUGACUGGUAGUGUACGUCUGAGAAUGGCACCUGUUAGUGUAUGGCAGCUCUGGAGCUAAAAAACAAACAAACACAUUAUGUAGCUAAUUGAUGCAUGUUAACCUAUUUUGUUCUGAUUUUGAUUUACAGGUGUCCAAGAUAGCUGCCUAUGCUUACAGUGCAAUCUCUCAGAUCAAGGUGGAUGCUAAAGAAGAGCUAGUGGUUCAAUUUGCCAUCCCCUGAUCUGCCAUCUGGCCUCUGGUAUCCAUAAUUAUCCCCCCGUCCCGUCCCCCGUGCCCGACUCUGUGUCCCAGUCCUUGUGCUACCCAGCUAUGGCACUAGCAACCUGCUGCUACAGCUGAGAACUAUGACAACUCCCCUGCUGAAAGGGUUAACCAACCCCCCCCCCCCCCCCCUUGCCCUGCACCCCUCAGAACCACCUUUCAAAGCCACCAUUCAUCCUUCCUUCACCAGCCGUCAAGGAAUUUUUAAACUCUCUCAUCACGGUAUAACGAUAAUGGCUGUCCUUUUUGUUUUUGUUAUUUUAAAAUGUCUUGUUUGAAGAGUGACUGCUUCUAAUGAAUGAAUAAAUGGUUGGCUAGGCUGCUCUGGCUCUGCGUUUUCAGGAGUAGCUAGCCUUGUCUGAUAUGCAGCUACGGUAACGUACUAACCAACCACAGCUAGGAAAAGAGGGUGAUUUACCACACGUCCAAAUGUAGCACAGGAACAGGACAAAAAAAGAUGUCCACAGCCAGCCAACCAAC